AUGCGGUUAGCCAGUUGGAAGUGUCUCAUCUGGUCAUCAGCGUUAUCAAUGAAGUUCUACACUGUCGACGCGUUCACUACACAGGUCUUUCGAGGAAACUCGGCAGCCGUCGUCAUCGAGGUGAGGAUUCACUUUCACUCGAAAUAUGAAGCUACAUAGAUCACACCAAAUCAGGUUUCAACUUAGAAGCAAGUGAACAUAGUUUAUGAGUUUAUUGCUUUCAGACUCCCAGGCUUAAAGUCUGUUUAGUUUAACAAUUUGUACUUUAAGAGAUAGACAAAUGUUACAGUAACAAAGACAGUUUCAUUGUUUCAGCCCAAUGACAUUCCUGAUGACAAGAAGCAGAAGCUCGCGGCGGAAUUCAACAUUUCCGAGACGGCGUUCCCCCUACCGUUGAAUCAGAAGUCGUUCGAGAAAGGUGACUCAUAAUGUCAUUGUGAUGUGUUACAUUAUGUCGUGUCUGUAGUAUAUGAUCUUGAUUGUCUCUCGAAACUAUUAAGUCACUUUCAGCCGACCGUUUCUCUCUACGCUGGUUCACGCCGACCAACGAAGUCCCGCUUUGUGGUCACGCUACACUUGCAACCUCACAUGUCAUCUUCAACGAGCUCGGUUUGUAACUCUAUACAAUAACAACACAUGUUUAGGUAACAAGAACGAACAGAUUCAUUUUGAAACCAAGUCGGGAACAUUGUCGGUAACCAGGAAGAACGGUCGAUUAUGUAUGAUCAUGCCCAACUACGAGACUUUCAACUUGGACAGUGUGAAGGCGAAGAUCAGCACUGACUUCAAAAAGGUACUAAAUAGUUUCAAAAUACUGUAAAAAACGAACUUUGAGGCUACAGGAUGACAACAUUUGCAUCAUAAAUAUAAAUUUAAUUAAAAAAUUUUAAAUUUCAAAAUUCAAUAGACUUCGACCCGUUUCACAUGAAACUCGUCGCUUUGUUGUUACUUUCUCAUUACAUAACCAUUCUCGACAUGUUUCAGAUCAAUGACGUGAACCAGAUCGGGCGGCAAGUUGCCGAAGUAAGUGCUUCAACCGGUCUGCUCGAAAAACAUUAAUAUGCACAUCUUUCAGCGCAUUGUUCCGUCUGAUGUUAUCGAGCAACUAGCUUAUAAUCCGGAUACCAAGAAGCUGGUCGUUGCGUUGCGGGAGUCGGUUACAUAGUAAGUUGUGUAAUCCCUUGUGAAUAAAAGGAAGUACAUCGGAAAUGUCAUCGAUAUAAAAAGUUUUAUGUCAUCAUUGUAAAAAGUGCCUUUUUUGUUUAAAAAUGUAAUCGACAUUACAAUUAGAGCAGACAAGUCUUUAUUUUUAAAUUUAAAAUAGAUUUCUCGGAUUAACAUUAACAUUUUCUAUUUUUACUGCAAUGUAUUACAAUAAUAUAUUUUAUUUUUUUAUUAAAAACAUAGAAAAAUAAUUCUUUAAAAUUAAAAUCCACUUUUAAACUCAACUCCACGAAUUGAAACUCCUUUACAAAGCUGACAUUACUUUCAGUGACGAACUGACUAAGUACAAGCCGCAGGACAUUCACUCGGCAGACCCGGACGGGCUGUUUUGUCGCGGUGUAAUGAUUACCUUCAUGCCAAAACAGGCAAUUAAGCAGGGAUUCUCGGCGGAGGUCGACUACGUGCUGCGUUACUUCUCACCGUGGAACGGGAUUCCAGAAGACCCGGCCACGGGCUCGGCCCAAUGCGUCGCCGCUCCUUUCUGGGCCCACAUCACGGGCCGCCCGGCCCUCAAAGGUGUGUGCCGUGAAUUAAUUAACGGUGUUUCUGGCCGUCUUAUGAAAUCGUAAUUAAACGACUUUACUUUUACAGCCUUGCAAUGUUAUCCAUCGCGUGGCGCCGAGUUCGAGACGUUAGUUCGCGAGGAUAGUAUUGAGUUACAAGGGAGCGCGGUUACCGUAAUGAAAGGCGACUUGGUCCUGCCAGCAUGA